GCAGUGACAUCAGCGGAAAUAGAGCACGCGUUCCUUCCGGUUGUGCGUGAGUGCCGAGCGGAGCCGAGACCCAGCGGAGCCUGAAUCCCGAUAAGACAAGAUGGCCGGGCUGCCCCGCAGGAUCAUCAAGGAAACCCAGCGCUUGCUGGCAGAACCAGUCCCUGGGAUAAAAGCAGAGCCAGAUGAGAGCAACGCACGUUAUUUUCAUGUGGUCAUUGCAGGUCCACAGGAUUCCCCCUUUGAGGGUGGGACAUUUAAACUUGAACUAUUCCUUCCAGAAGAAUAUCCAAUGGCAGCUCCUAAAGUACGUUUCAUGACCAAAAUUUAUCACCCUAAUGUAGACAAGUUGGGAAGAAUAUGUUUAGAUAUUUUGAAAGAUAAAUGGUCCCCAGCUUUGCAGAUCCGUACAGUUCUGCUAUCAAUCCAGGCUUUGCUAAGCGCUCCCAAUCCAGAUGAUCCUUUAGCAAAUGAUGUAGCAGAGCAGUGGAAGACCAAUGAAGCCCAAGCCAUAGAAACAGCCAGAGCAUGGACUAGGCUAUAUGCCAUGAAUAAUAUUUAAAUUCGCUCUGAACAUCAAGUGUGCAUCACUUCUCCUAUUCUGCCAAGACCUCUUUUCUUUUUUCUUUUGUUUGCAUUUAAUGGACACAGUCUUAGAAACAUUACAGAAUAAAAGUCCAGACAUCUUCAGUCCUUUGGUGAUAAAAUGCACAUUAGCAAAUCUGUGUCUUGUCCUAAUUCACUGUUGUAACGCAUGAGCAGAGGCUAGAAGUAUCAUCUGGAUUGUUGUGAAAUUGUUUAAAAGCAGUAGCAUAUCUCUGCUUUUAAUCAUUUUUUCCAUCAUGGCUUAAGUAUAAGCACUGUGAAUGAAGGUAGUCAAGGUUAGCUGCAGGGUUUUUUGUUUUAAUUUUGUGAGCUCCUCCUCUUCCCUUUUUUAUGGUGAUGCUAAAUGCAUUGGUUAAAGCAGCUAACCAGUUACACUUUAGGAUAUGCCCUCUAGCUAAGUCUAACUUAGAUGCUGUAGAUGGACAAGCCUGAUUGUUUGAACAAAAAUGGGAACAUUAAACAUCCAUCACCUUCACUAAUAAUAUUGUGAUUCUGCUGUCAAGUGUAGAAACCUCCUUUCAAGAAAAAGCUUGUGACUAUUUUGUAUGGCUUUUCUGGAAAAUCUUCUGUAAAUCUUAUGUUUUAGUAAAAUAUUUUUUGUUAUUCUA